AUGCCUGAUAUACGGUCGUUCUUUACGCCGCGAGGUGGUGCCGCGCCCAAACCAGCUCCAGCCAAAAGCGAGGAGCCGCCCAAGGGGAAGCGGACGAAGGGUCGAAAGGUUGUCGAGGACAGUGACGAUGAUGAAAUUGUCGGACAAGCAAAUCCAGCAGCCAAAGGGGUCUCCAAGAAGAAAAAGGACUUGGAGCCUAAAGGUGUAGCGAUAUCCACCGAUGAUUAUUUUGCCUCGACAAAGGACAGCAAGAAACCAAAAUCCAAUGCACCGGGAAAAGCCGAAGCCAAAGUUCAAGUCAAAACCGAAGCUCCAGUGCGCUCGAGCCCACGAAACAAAGCGACAAGGUCGUACAAGAAGCACAAUGCCCAUGAUGACGAUGCGUUCAUGGAAGAUGCGGACGAAGAUGGUGAUGACAUGGCUGCAGCCGAGGUGAAAGGACGCAGCAAGCGCAAGAAUGACGACUAUGAAGAGGAGGCAUCUGAGGAAGAAACGCUCCCAAAGCCCAAGCGCGUUGCUUCCCGAGGACGUCCUCCAGCUGCAAGCACAGUAUCGGAGGAGAAGAAGAAAAGCCAAGCAAGCACAUCGAGCAAGAAGCGAAAGUCCCCAGAGCAAGAAUCAGACGAGGAGGAGGACCUGCCACGAAAGAAGCCAGCAGCGGCAAAACCACGAGCACCGAGGACAAAGAAAGCAGACGUGCCAGAGGAUAGCGGCAUACAAAAUAUCCUCGACAGCGUAGCAACUGUCCGGGCGCCGACGCCGCCCCCGAAGGAUCCAAAUGCAAAGUUCGACUGGAGGAAGGCUGCUGCGGGGGGAAGCAACGCAUCGGCACAGCCAAUGCAAACGGCAGAUCUCCCUGAAGGCCAGGAGGAGUGCCUCAGCGGACUGUCCUUUGUUUUUACUGGCGUGUUGCAAACAAUAGGUCGCGAUGAAGGACAGGCACUUGUGAAGCGAUAUGGUGGCAAAGUCGUCGGCCAGCCAAGCAGCAAAACGAGCUUUGUCGUUCUCGGGGAGGACGCCGGCCCCAGCAAAUUGGCCAAGAUCCAAUCACAUGGAAUCAAAACCAUCGACGAGCACGGAUUGUUCGACCUCAUCCGAAAGCUUCCCGCCUUUGGAGGAUCCGGCAAGGGUGCGCAAAAGGCACAGGAAAAGAAGAAGGCCGACGAGGAGAAAGUGAAGCAGCAGGUGGCCGAACUGGAAGCUGAGGAGAAGGCGAGGAAAGCCAAGGAAGCAAAGGCCGCUCGGAAGGCCCUGCUGCUGACGUCGAAAUAUGCGCCUACGCAACUGAGCCACAUUUGCGGAAACAAGGCGCAAGUCGAGAAGAUCCAGGCAUGGCUCCGCAACUGGCCGAAAUCGAAAAAGUACAAUUUCCAGAGGCGCGGAGCGGAUGGCAUGGGAGGCGAACGAGCUAUCAUUGUCUCUGGUCCCCCCGGCAUUGGGAAGACCACGGCUGCCCACCUGGCCGCUAAGUUGGAGGGUUACGACGUCUUGGAGAGUAACGCCAGCGACGCAAGAAGCAAGAAGCUUGUCGAAGCCGGUGUGAGCGACGUCAUGAACAACACAUCGCUGCUGGGGUAUUUCGCAGGCGACGGCAAGGCUGUAGAUGCCGCGAAGAAGAAACUGGUGCUCAUCAUGGAUGAAGUUGACGGCAUGUCUGCUGGUGACCGCGGUGGCGUUGGCGCGCUGGCCAAAUUGUGCAAGAAGACAGAAGUGCCUCUGAUUCUGAUCUGCAACGAACGGAGGCUUCCCAAGAUGAAGCCCUUUGACCAUGUCGCCUUUGAUGUCAGAUUUAAUCGUCCGACUGUCGACCAGGUCAGGUCUCGCAUCAUGACGAUUUGUCACCGAGAAGGCCUGAAGCUACCGCCCGCUGUCGUGGAUGCAUUGAUCGAGGGCAGCAACAAGGACAUUAGACAAAUCAUCAACAUGAUUUCGACAGCAAAGCUCGACCAGACAAGCAUGAGCUUCGACCAAGGAAAGGCGAUGACAAAGGCUUGGGAGAAGCACGUUGUCCUGAAGCCCUGGGAUAUCUGCCAGAAGAUGUUGGCCGGUGGUCUGUUCUUGCCGACAAGCAAGUCAACCCUGAACGACAAGAUCGAGUUGUACUUCAACGACCACGAGUUCAGCUUCCUCAUGAUCCAGGAAAACUACUUACGAACGAAGCCCCUGGCAUUAAACGGCAAGGGUUAUACGAAGCGCGAGGAAAAACUGAAGGCUCUCGAACUGUUUGACCAAGCCGCCGAGAGCAUCAGUGACGGCGAUUUGGUGGACCGCAUGAUCCACGGGCCGCAGCAACACUGGAGUUUGAUGCCAACGCACGCCGUCUUCAGCACGGUUCGCCCAGCCAGCUUCAUUGCCGGACAGCUGAUGGGGUCCAACUUCACCUCCUGGCUCGGCAACUUCAGCAAAACCAGCAAGCUGGGCAGAUACGUGCGAGAGAUCCACUCCCACAUGCGGCUCAAGUCGUCUGGCGACCACAACGAGAUUCGCCAGCAAUACAUGCCAGUGCUUUGGGACCAGCUCGUUAACCGGCUGCAGAAGGAGGGGACAGACGGCGUGGGAGAUGUUAUCGAACUGAUGGAUAGCUACUAUCUCACCCGCGAGGACUUUGACGCCAUCAAGGAGCUUGGGGUCGGACCGAUGACCGAGGAAGAGGUCAGCAUCGAGACGAAGACCAAGGCUGCCUUUACCAGAACGUACAAUUCGAUGAACCACCCGGUCCCUUUCAUCAAGGCGUCCAACGUGAUGGUGCCGAAGAAGCAAGCCAAGGAGGCGCCUGAUCUGGAGGAGGCGAUUGAAGAGGAGGAUGACGCAGAGGUUGUUGAACCGGUGGAGGCUGAUGACGACGAGGUUGACUUCACCAAGGACAAGUACAUCAAGCAACCUAAGGCCAAGAAAGCGGCAAAGAAGACUGGCAAGGCGGCUCCAGCGGAUAACGAUGACGACAAGCCCAAAGGGCGUGGCAAGCCGAAGAAGGGAAAGAAAUGA